CUGUAAAAUCUUCGAAAAGAACUCCUCUUCAUCGCUGGUCGACUGGGAUUUCCCGGCUAUAUUUAGUAUCAGUGGAAAGCUUGGAAUCUCCUCUCGGGGAGUGUUCCGAUGCCAAUGAAGGUUGAUACGUCGUUCACGAUAUAAACCAAUGAAAACCAUCAAAACAAGCACCCCAUGGCUGUAAACAAAAACGUGAUUGUUGCCAACGAGACGCUGAAAGACGAUCGCUGAUUGGUCGAAAUCACGCCGCGCAUGCGCUGUUUACAUAUCGAGCCUUAUUUCCGUUCUAAGCCAUGGAGUCUGAAAUAGCCACUUUGCUCAAUUUAAACGCCAAUGAUCGCGAUAAUCUAUCGAAUUUAGUCGGGGAAUUCUUUGGAGAGUCUUGGAUAGAUGACCAAGAAGACGUACAAAGCGAUUUGGAUGAUGGAGAGGAGUCAGAUGAGGAUGAAUUUGACCAGACUUCUGGGACCUUCGAUUCGGUCAUGAAUAGCCAAGCUGCUGCAGAGUACAAAGAGUGCAAUGCUGGCGAUUUUGGCCAGGCUGAGUGGGAAAAGUCCUCUAAGUUCAGUUGUACUUGCAAGCAUAAUGAUGGCCAGCCUUGUCAUCAACGGUACACAGCCCAAGAUAAGGUGCAUAGGAGAAUGGCCAUGAUGCAGCUGACACCAAGGGAGCAAAUGCUCGUUCUUUUAGGGAAGCUAUCGUGUGGAAUAAACUCCUCGGAGAUGACUGCUAAAAGCAGGAGAAAGGAGCAGACUCCAUGGAAGUUGAAUCAGAAGACAACCUUCUGGCUUGAGGGACAGCGGAUUUGUCGAGAUACAUUCAUGUUUUUGCAUGUGAUUGGAAGCCCUAAACGUCUGACUGAUCACCGAAAAUGGACUUGAGCCCAAGGAAAAGAAAUCAGGAGGGAGGAAGUCGAACACCAAGUCAUUUACCUUUGAUGACACGCAGAGGGCUGUGCGCUUCCUGACUAAUUAUUCUGAGGAGAAUGCCCUUGUUCUCCCUGGUCGGGUCCCUGGGUUUAAGAGGGAAGACAUACAGUUGUUGCCUUCAUCCCAUACAAAGAUUUCAGUGUACAACUGCUACAAGGAAUCUUUAAAAGAUACAGGAGUGCUUCUUCUUGGCCGGGUGCGAGGCAGUUCAAGGCCAAAUUAAUAGCCUCUCGUGCUUUCUGAGUAUAUAACCUAACAGUGCUACUACCACAUUCUUCAAGGGAUUUCAUCAAUCGGCCCUGGAUGGGCUCAAAGCCACCAUGUUGCAAGAAGUUGCUAAGACCGCCAAGCUGCACGACUCUUGGAGCUGGUGUGGGUGCCCAUGACACAUCACUCAGGUUCAUCGGGACUGGAGAGUCAUCACUACCGGUACUCGAUGGAUAAACUGGAGACUGGAAUGGAAAAACAACAAAGUUAUUUGCAGUUUUUAUUAGCAUGUUAAGACUGGAUUCUUACCGGAUGAUCAGAGUCAGCAAAGUCAAAUGAGCCAGAGGAGCCUGGCUCAGCAAACCCGAUUGCAGAAGGAGCUGGCACAGUGUGCCUACCAGUUGAUGUUGUUGGGAUGUAAACA